UUUGUUUAUAACUAGUUUUACACCAUUAGCACUCGUUUACAUUUUUCUCCAUCGACUCCACCCUUAGAUUGAUUACAAAUUACAACUAGUCAGGUUAUCGAUCGUCGACCGUCGUAGAUAUUCAAAUUGUACAUUAUUUCGCUCUUCCGUGUCUAUGAUAAUAGUGCUCUUCCAUUUGUUACUUACAUUGUAUUUUUGUUUUUUUUUUUCACUAUUUUGCAAUCACAUAACGGUACCUCUCCUAGCCAGCUUAGUGGGGCUUGUUUGGGUGAACACGAACACAGCCUGAUAGUAUAAUUAUCAUGUUCCUAUUCUCGUGACAUUUUCCAUUUGCUCGCGGUUGCAAUGCUUCGGUUUUUGAGUAGAAAACGGGGUCGGAACGAUCCAAAAGCUCGAAACAUCAAAGCUGGGGCUGAACGCUUAAAUCCUCCAAACAAGCAUUGUAUGCAAUGCAGGGUUAUGCUUCUAGAUGGUACAGACCUAUGCAUUGAACUAUCGAAAAAGGCUGUUGGUAGUGAUUUAUAUGAACAAGUAUUUUAUUCAUUGGAUUUGAUUGAAAAAGAUUACUUUGGUUUACAGUUUACUGAUGCUAAUCACGUUCAGCAUUGGCUCGAUCCUACAAAAGCAAUAAAAAAACAAGUUAGAAUUGGACCACCAUAUACAUUUAGACUACGUGUUAAAUUCUAUUCUUCAGAACCAAAUAUGCUUCGAGAAGAGUUAACUCGUUAUCAGUUUUUUCUUCAACUCAAAUUAGAUAUCCACGAAGGUCGGCUUGAAUGCCUACAAAAUACUUGCAUUGAAUUAGCAGCUUUAGCUUUACAAUCUGAGCUUGGUGAUUAUGAUGAAACUUGUCAUACUCCUGCAGUUAUAUCUGAAUUUAGGUUUGUACCAAAUCAAACUGAAGAUAUGGAAAUACAAAUUGUAGAAGAAUUUAAAAAAUGUAAAGGUUUGACUCCAGCUCAAGCAGAAACCAGUUAUUUAAAUAAGGUUAAAUGGUUGGAAAUGUAUGGAGUUGAUAACCAUACUGUCUUAGGUAAAGAUGGAUGUGAAUAUGCUCUUGGUUUAACACCAACAGGUAUUUUAGUAUUUGAAGGCCUUCAAAAAAUUGGACUCUUUUUCUGGCCGAAGAUUGGAAAAUUGGAUUUUAAAAAGAAAAAACUGACUUUAGUCGUUGUAGAAGAUGAUGAUCAAGGACGCGAACAAGAGCAUACAUUUGUAUUUCGAUUACAUAAUGAAAAAGCAUGUAAACAUUUAUGGAAAUGUGCUGUUGAACAUCAUGCAUUCUUUAGGCUUCGUGCUCCUGUUAAAGGUCCGUCUGCGCGACAAAAUUUUUUCAGAAUGGGUUCACGGUUUAGAUACAGUGGCAAAACUGAGUUUCAAACGACUCAAUUAAAUAGAGCAAGAAGAACUGUUCAAUUUGAAAGAAGACCAAGUCAACGAUAUGCACGAAGACAAUCGCAUGUUUUAAGAGAACGACAAAAGGACAAAACUGAAAAGCCAAAACCAGAAAAUGAAAAUGAGAAAAUAGAAAAAAUUAAUAUUAUGGAUAAACCUCCAACUCCAAUCUUAGAUUCCAAAGAUAUUCAUCUAGAACCAACAUCCUCAUUAACCUCAAACUCUUCUGAUAUUGCUGAGGAAAGGUUAGACUCAUUAUUAAAGAGUUUGAAUAAAGAAUCACCUUUGAUAAACAGCAAAAUAAAUGAAUCAAAUUCAGUUGAUACAAUUAAUAAAACAGAUGAUUUUGGCAAAAAUCAAAAUCAAUCUUCGUCUCCAUUACCAAACAAUCGAAACAUUUCAUUUAAUACUACUCCAAGACCAAUUCCCAAAGAACAUUUAAAAUGCAACAUUCUAAAAGCUAAAGUUGAAGAAGAAAUGAGGAAAUCUCCUUUGUCCAUGUUUGAUCCAUUAUCUAAAGUAACAAAUUUGCAAGAUAAUUAUAUACUACAUAAUGGAGAAUGCAAUAUUAGUUCUAAAUCAAAUUCUUUUGGCAAAGAACAAGCAACAUUUGUAUCUGUUGGUGGAGACAAACUGACAUUAUCCCUUAAUGGUGGCAUUGCAGCACCAGAAGAAACUAAACAACCAUUGGAUGAACAACCUAUAUCUGAAACAUCUGUGUCUAAAGAUGACCGUAAAAGAUGUGCUACUCCAGUAACAGUGACCCAUUUCUCUUUUGGUGAAUGUGGGAAAUUAGAACAAAGGGUGGUUUCUCCUGAAAGAAGUCCUACAGAAAGUAUGUCAAGCAUUUUAUCCUUACCAUUUAAUGCCACUUCUCCUACUAGCCCUCGUAACCCAUUUUCGGCAAAUCCGUUUAUUGGUGAUUCACAAACAGCAACAACAAAUCCAUUCUUAUCAUCAUCGUCAAACCCAUUUGCCGAUGGUAUAAAAAAAGAUUCAACUAAUGAUGUCGUAGUUGCUGUUGAAUCAAAUACUGGCAUAAAUGGUGUAACAAAUUCUAAUACUAAGGUAGCCCAAAAAAAUCAGGAACUUACUAAAGCAAAGCCUUUAAAUCAAAUUUCCCCAUGGUUAAUUAGUAGUGGUGCUGAGACUUCAUCCGUACCCAAAAUAAUAACCAGGAAGUCUGUGAUCACAACACAACUUUAAAAAUGGUAUGUAUGUUAGAACUACUAUUCACUGUUAUAACAGAAAUGUUAAAAAAGCUAUUAAGUAUUAAGAAUUUAAUAUUAUGUUAUUUUUUUUUAUGUAUAUAUUCAAAAUUAAUUUGUGAUAGAAAAUACAAAACCUCAAUAAAAAAAGUUAGCUGUCACAAAUUGUUAUGUUAGGCAUCACAGUUUUUUUCAUUGUAUGCAAUAUUUUAACAUUCUUAAUGGAAUUGAUCUCUUUAUUCUUUUAUGAAUUAAAAGAAAGUUAUAAUUGAAAUUUAAAUUUAAAGAAAAUAAUAAUACUUAAAACUUAAAAGUAUUUCAUUUUACUACAGUCAAUACAAAACAUGAAAAAAUAUAUUUAUCUUUUAUUAAGAUAUUAUCGUUAAAAUAAGUUAUAACUUAAGUUUAGAUCAAAUUUAGAUCAAUGAGUUUAUUAAUUUAUUUUUUAAUUAUUCUAUUGUAAUACUAUUGGAUUCAGACUGAAAAUCAUGUCAUUAAUGUAUGAUAUUAUAUAUAUAUUUUUAAUAAUAUGUUAUUUUAAAACAUUAAUUUAUUACUGUCAUCUUAAAUGUAUGUUUUAAGCAUACAUUAAUUAACCUGUAUUUAUCAGGGCUCAAAAUUAUUUUAGUAUUUAAUAACUAAAAUAAAAAUAUGUUGAUUAUUAAUUAAUUUAAAAUCAUACUCUUGGUUCAUAUUUACUAAUAUGAACAAAACAACUAAAUGAAUUUAGAAAGUGCCUUUUAUCAUUACACCUAAAGUUUGUAUAGAAUUUUCGCUCUCUUUCCUUUUAUUCAAUAACAAUGAUUAUUUAUAUACAAUUGUUAAGUAAUAUGUAAUAUACAUAUUUUCAAUAUUUCUAAAUUGUAACAUAUAACUACGAUUCUUAACAAAAUAAUUGAAAAGAAAAAAAAAUUAUUAAUUUACUGGUAUUCAACAUAUUAAUAUAAUAUACCUAUAUCUAUUUUAUUAAAUAAAAUGUUAAAUUAUUAUAUAUUUUUAAAACUGUUAAAAAAAAAUAGUGUGUUUUUGUUUACCCAAUGUUGCACUGUGUGUGUUGAACAAAUUGCCUUUACUUGUGAUAAUUAUAUAAUGCAGUAUUAAUUUGUUGUUUUUUUUGUUUUUUUUUUUACUGCAAUAUAACAAAAGUUAAUUAUAACAUUUUGUUUUGUAUGAAUGUAUGCCGUCCUCAUUUAAUUUUGUAUUUACAUAUAAUUAUAAGUAUUUAAUGUUUGUAAUUUUAAGUUUUAUACCGUUUGUGCCAUAGUUUGUAGGGGUUGUGUAGAACAACAGUUAAGGUAAUUUAAAAUUGUAUAUAUUCUAAUAUGGCAUUUGUAUGAUGUACAUGAAUAGUAUUUAUUUAUACGAUUAAAAAUUAAAAAAUAUUAUUUAAUAAUACCUAGUAUCAUAACUAUAGAUAAAGAUAUAAUGGUUAAUGGUAUCUUAGAAUACCCAAUAUUCUUUUUAAUAACAAUGUAUAUUACAAAUGCCAUUUUAG